UUUGCUUUGGAGCGCAUUCUUCUAAUGUUGGCUACGUGUCAUGCUCUCUAUUCUGCUAAGGAUGAUGUAGUGGAAUUGACUGCAGCAAACUUCCGGAGCAAAGUCAUAAACAGCGAUGAAGUCUGGGUUGUGGAAUUCUUUGCACCAUGGUGUGGUCACUGCAAAAAUUUGGUCCCGGAAUACAAAAAAGCUGCAACCGCUCUCAAAGGCAUUGCAAAAGUUGGAGCCGUAGAUAUGACUGUUCACGAAAGCUUGGGAUCUACCUACCGUGUACAAGGCUUCCCUACAAUCAAAAUCUUCGCUGCUAAUAAGGAUAAACCGAUCGAUUACAACGGAGCCAGAACUGCGCAAGGAAUCAGUUCUACUGUGCUUGCUGAAAUUAAGAAUACCGUGACGUCUCGACUUGAAGGACCUGGGCAAGGCAAAGGAAAAGAUGAUAGUGGCAGUAAAGGUCGCGGCGAUGUCAUUGAGCUUACCGAUUCUAAUUUCGAAAAGCUCGUCUUGAACAGCAAAGAUCCAUGGCUUGUUGAGUUCUUCGCCCCUUGGUGCGGACAUUGUAAAAAUCUUGAGCCUCAUUGGAAAGCAGCUGCUUCACAAUUGAAAGGAAAAGUUAAGCUUGGAGCUCUCGAUGCUACUGUUCACACGCUCAUGUCAACCAAGUAUGGAGUGCGCGGGUUCCCAACGAUCAAGUACUUCGCACCUGGCUCGUCGGACACAGAUGCUGUUGACUAUGACGGAGGUAGAACAACUUCAGACAUCGUCAGCUGGGCGGAGUCAAAGGCAAUGGAAAACCUUCCACCACCUGAGGUUCUACAAAUCACGAGCCAGGAAGUUGUGGAAGGGCAGUGCCAGGGCAAGCAGUUAUGCGUUUUCGCAUUUCUUCCGCACAUUCUGGACUGCCAAGCGGAGUGCCGUAACAAGUAUCUGAGUAUUCUCCGUGCAUCAGGCGAUUACUUCAAGAAAAAUGGCUGGGGAUGGAUUUGGACAGAAGGUGCAUCGCAACCUAAGCUGGAAGAAGCUUUCGGUGUCGGAGGGUUUGGUUAUCCCGCUAUGGUAGCUUUGAACCACAGGAAAAUGAAAUAUUCCACGCUCAGGGGAUCCUUCGAUGACGAUGGUAUUCGAGAGUUCCUGCGAGACCUUAGUUAUGGAAAAGGACAAACUGUAACCAUAAAGGGUGAUGCUCUUCCAACAAUUGACAAAGUGGAGCCAUGGGAUGGAAAGGAUGCCCCGCUCCCCGUAGAGGAAGAGAUCGAUCUUUCUGACGUCGAUCUUGAGCAUUCGGAAUUAUAA